CUCUUUUCAUUCUUUCUUGUAGAGAGCAUCUUGUUUCUUUUCUCUUCUGUUUGCUUGCUGGCAUUUUUCUCUCCCCCUUUCCCUUGAUCCUCCACCUCCCGUUUAUCUCUGUGAUCACUGGAGCUUUUGCUACUGCACGUGGGGCAGAACAAUGCCUUACACAUACCGGGACUCGAGAUCGCGGUCUCCCCCUCUACCUCAGAGUGCUCAUGCCACACACUCCUCUGGCCAGACAUAUGAGGAGCUGAAGUGCCAGUGCCAGCAGAAGGGGACCCUAUUUGAGGACUGUGACUUCCCAGCCAAUAUCUCCUCUCUCUUCUACAGUGAGAAGCCACCCAUCCCCUUUGUAUGGAAAAGGCCUGGGGAAAUUGUUAAAAACCCACAGUUUAUAACUGGAGGAGCCACAAGAACUGACAUUUGUCAAGGGGAUCUUGGUGACUGCUGGCUAUUGGCAGCUAUAGCUUCUCUUACACUGAAAGAAAAAACAUUAGCCAGAGUUGUACCUCAAGAUCAAAAUUUUGGACCGGGUUAUGCUGGAAUAUUUCACUUUCAGUUUUGGCAGCACAAUGAGUGGCUGGAUAUUGUUAUUGAUGAUCGAUUACCCACCUUUAAAGACCGUUUGGUUUUUCUACACUCGUCUGAACACAAUGAAUUCUGGAGCGCCUUACUGGAAAAAGCCUAUGCCAAACUGAAUGGGAGUUAUGAAGCCCUAAAAGGAGGCAGUACACUAGAAGCCAUGGAAGAUUUUACUGGAGGAGUUGGAGAAAUGUACGAAGUCAAAAAGGCUCCAGAAAAUUUCUAUGAAAUCUUGGGAAAAGCUCUUGAAAGAGGUUCAUUGGUGGGCUGUUCUAUUGAUACCAGCAGCGCAGCUGAGUCAGAAGCUCGAACCCCUUUCGGCCUCAUAAAGGGUCAUGCUUAUUCAGUAACUGGCAUUGACGAGGUGAGCUACCGAGGCCGAAAGGUGCAACUCGUACGGCCAAGAAAUCCAUGGGGGCAAGUGGAGUGGAAUGGCCGUUGGAGUGACAAUUCUCCUGAAUGGCAGUCAGUCAGCCCAUCGGAGCAAAAACGCCUGUGUCAGACAGUGCUAGAUGAUGGAGAAUUCUGGAUGAACUUUGAAGACUUCAAAACACAUUUUGAUAAAGUUGAGAUCUGCAACCUCACCCCAGAUGCUCUUGGGGACAAUGCUACCAACAAGUGGGAGGUGACAGUCCAUCAAGGGAGCUGGGUCAGAGGUUCCACUGCUGGAGGGUGCAGAAAUUUUCUAGACACCUUUUGGACAAAUCCACAGAUCAGGCUGCAUUUGACAGAGAAAGAUGAUGGGAACGAUGAAUGCACAUUUAUAGCAGCUCUGAUGCAAAAGAAUCGACGUAAACUCAGGAAACUAGGUGCUGAAAUGCUGACAAUUGGCUAUGCUAUUUAUGAGAGCCCUAGCAAAGAUGGACACUUGAACAAAGACUUUUUCAGAUACCACCCUUCCAAGGCAAGGAGCAAAACCUACAUUAACUUAAGGGAAGUCUCUGACCGAGUCAAGCUGCCACCUGGGGAUUAUGUUAUUGUUCCUAGUACUUUUGAGCCACACCAGGAAGCUGACUUCUGCCUGAGAAUCUUCUCUGAGAAAAAAGCCAUCACAGAGAAUGUGGAUGGAAACAUUGACAUUAAUCUCCCAGAGCCCCCUAAACCAACCACACCGCAACAAGAAACAGAAGAAGAAAAACAGUUCCGGGCAUUGUUUGAACAGGUUGCAGGAGAGGACAUGGAGAUAACUGCAGAAGAACUUGAAUACGUUCUGAAUGCUGUAUUAAAAAAAACAAACACCAUCGCAUUCGAGAAAGUAAGCCUCAUGACAUGUAGAAACAUCAUCUCUCUCAUGGAUUCCAGUGGUAAUGGGAAACUGGAAUUUAAUGAGUUCAAGAUUUUCUGGGACAAACUAAAGAAGUGGCUGGGUGUCUACCUUAAGUUUGAUUCUGAUAAAUCCGGCACCAUGUCCUCCUAUGAGCUUCGUAGUGCCCUAACAGCUGCAGGAUUUCAACUCAAUAAUUACCUGCUGCAGCUGAUUGUCCUCAGAUAUUCUGAUGACCAGUUCCGUAUUGAUUUUGAUGACUUCCUAAACUGCUUAAUUCGCCUAGAGAAUGCAAACCGGGUAUUCCUGGCACUAAGUAAGAAAAACAGAGACUUCAUUAACCUGAAUAUAAAUGAGUUUAUCACCCUGACAAUGAACAUUUGAAGAUGUCCAACCUGGAUUUCAGCAGGAUCUCAUGAUUGUGACACUCAAACCUCCAACCAAAGAGCUGUUACCCUUUCCAUGCAAAUGUAUACAGGCGCUAUGGUGCAAGCGGAGCACUUAUUCUUCCCACCCUUUCUCUCCUCCACCCCCAUUAUAUUAAUGAAUUAGAUCUUUAUGGGAUGAAAUUUGUUUUAUUUUGUUUAAAGAUUUAUAUUGAUUGCUACAGUGUAUAUAUGCCUUUGAAUGAGGCACGUGCACAUUUCAAGCAGCCUGAAACUGACAAUGAUGAGUGACCAAGGCCUUUUAUGAAUAUAAUCACAUUCAGUCCCAAUAUACUUAUUCGUUGCACCAUGGAAACCCACUCAUUGAGACUCCUCAUGAUUGCUUGUCUACAGGUUAGCAAAGUGCUUUUGAAGGUACAGUAGCCUGCAGAACUUCAUCAAAAUGGUAUUGGCUUCCAAGUGGAUUUUUCCCAACAAACGCUGGGCCAUCAUUAUAGAAGAGCAUCCCAGAGUGUUGCAAAUCAGGGAGCACUAGUGGAGUGAUAGAUUUAUUAUUCACAUUCAUCCUGGAACAUUUAUACCAUGGGGGCUGUGAUUCUGGCUUGCUCAGAAUGAUGUUUUUAUCCAUUGGCUGGCCCUGUCUACAGAGCUCACUGAGAUGCAAAUUAUUUCCUCUGACUCUCCUCUGUUCCAUCCCCUAAUACCAGGUGGACCAAAGUGUAUCCCACAAGGCAAAUAAGUUUCACACCAUUCUACAAUGCAGCCAAUGGCUGUGUUCAUCUUCAGUAUGAAUGUGUGGCCCUCUGAGACCACAGGUGCCAGCAUGCAAUGCUCCAGUUUGACCUGAGCAGCUAGGACCCGUGUUCCACCCAGGAAGAUAAGUGGCUGCAUUCUGCUCCAUUUUAGGCAAACUAGGUCUAGUCAGUGGCAAGUGCCAUUUCCUAGCCUUGCAAGUCUCUGCUCCAGCCCGAGCCGCAACUUCAAAGUGUUCUCUACACAGCUAUUCUUACAGCGAUAGCAUGAGCUCCUCUAGCCCAAGUCUGUCAACCUGGGCGUGGAGGCUCGUUCCCACUCGCUCCAGAUUGCUGUGUAGACGUACCGUGUCAGUCAGUUUCAGGGUGCUGUGCAGUAGUGUUCAGAUAGCUUUGGUGUUCAGUGUUAAUUAGAAAAUAAUAAAGUCAAAGGCCGAGCAAGUCUCCAUCUGCCUGUUCAGGUUGGUUCCCUCUAGGAUAUCCAUAACUUGUAUUUGCUUUGUAAUAAAUAAUCUCUGCUGGGUUUGUUUUGCAAAUCAUUUCUCGCAGCAAAAGUAAUGUCUGUAGAGCAGCUUCUCCUUUCUGAAUGUCCAAGUUUUGUCACACUGACGUAGCUAUGGGUAUAUUUUUGGAACUGUGGAUCCCACAAACUGUUCGG